GAUAGCUGGUCCGGAAAUCAGAGCCAUGAAGUAGGAUGAUUUAGGCUGUUACUCGGCUGGGUGCUCCUUCAUCUGGGUCCCAACUCCCUCAGCAAAGCUGACUCUAGGAAAUUAUAUGGAACCAGCAAGAUGAACAAAAACAAACUGAUUCAUGAUUUCCUUGAAGUGGUUUCGAGGGGUGAUGUGGAAUGCAUUUGUAGCCAUAUUCCGGAAGUCCACUCAGUCCUUGGAAACCUUGACUUUCAGCACCCACAGACUGGAAACACGCCUCUCAUUACAGCUGCGGAAGAAAAUCUAUCAGAGGUUGUUGAGAUUCUUCUGGAAAGGGGCGCAGACAUCACGCUUUGCAAUUACAGUAACCAAACUGCGCUCCAUGUGGCUAACGGUGACAUCCAGAGACAGCUCUUGGCGGGCAGGGGGAUUCAGGCUCCCCAAAUGCAGCUCCUACGAAGUUCGUGGCAAGGUGAUCUGGAACGACUUCGACAUUUGCUGGCAUGUGAAGAGUUCCUGGACAUAAACUUCCCCAACUCGCAUGGUCUGACCCCUCUGAUGCUGGCUGUGAGAGAUGUGGACCUAUUUGAAAGUCUGGAUGUAUCAACAGUCUACAGACCCGCCGAAGUUCUAGCCGAGCUCCUCAGGCACCACGCAGACCCUAAGCUGUGUGAUUUCAGCGGCAAGUCAGCCAUGCAUUAUGUGUCCCAAAUCAACAGCUGGAGGAAGCAACAGUUACUGGUCAUCCUGACGGAGUCUAUGCCCAAACCAGAAAGACAUGCCGAGUCACUGCUUGACAUCUGUCACGAGGCAGGCUCUACUCCAAGGGAUAUGACAGUUUCCAAAACAGAAAAUAUCACCUUGCAGAGCAUCAGCAGCAGCCAGGACUUUGACCUUGACGAUGACUUCAGCCCAUCCAUAUUGGCUGGGGAAGGAACAGCUCCCCGGGGUGAAGGCUGGCCACGAAGGACAGAAGGUGUUGAGAUUCUUGUGACGAUGUUCCCACCAGAUUCUUCCCAAGAAGCAAGCCAGGAAGAUUUGACAGAAAGCAGUCAGGUGACUUCAGAGCAUCAGGAGUGGGGACGAGGGCAUCUUGUCUCUCCAGCGAAGGAAGAGGAGAUGGUGGGCCUCACGUCAAGGACGUUAACUACACAGCCUUCACUUCUGAAGACAGAAGGGGGAUCUCAGGAGCUCUGUGGGGCAGAUGUGGCUCUCUCACCACCAAGGCCUUGCUUAGACCCAAGCACAGCUAUAGCUGCAGUCAGGGAGGAGGCUCCUCAUGUUCUGAAAGUGCAGCCAAGAAAAUCCGACGAGUUUCCUACCUCUGACAUGAGAUACAGUAGCCGAAGAACUGAGCUUCCUCUGCCACCUCCAUCCCUCUUGCCCAUGAGAUCUUCUGUCUUCAAUAUGGAAAAAAGCCCCAAGUUCCCAAGACACGGGGAGAGAAAGGUCCCCAGCCUCAGCCUGUCUGUGCCUAAGCUCCUGGAGCCCCUUAGCCAACCUCUUAGCCAAUCUGCUGAGUUUAGUUCAGCUAAGAACCAACAAGAAGUCACAUGGGAAGGACCCGCAGAACACACCCUCAGGGGUUCUGACUGGGCUAUCUGGUCUAGAAACUUGUGCUCUUUCCGGAAGAGCAGAAAACAGAGGGGAGUAGCAGAGAGUUGGCGAUCCCAGGAAACGAAAGGGUGGGACAAAACUGAAACCUCUGGCUUCGAAGAAGGGCCCUUUUUGUUCUCCUGUGGGAGUGUCAAGGAAGACACUGCUUCUACAGAGAGGGAAAGGGAUAGUGGUUGCCACGUUAGUGAAAUCAGCGGGGGAGAGGACUCCCAAUACCUUUCAUCAGGAGAAAAAGAGAGUUGGACAGAUAGAGCGAUUGAGAAAGAUUUGGAGGUUGAGCACCCCAUUCUCAGCGAGCUCCUGGAAGCCUCGAAUACAAAAAUAACCCCAGCAGAGGAGAAAGAGAUCGGAAAUGAGAAAGUUCCCGAUUCUGAAAGCAAUUCCGUACACCGGGCUGGAGCAGUGCAGCCACACGCAGCGUUAGAAGAGCUUAGUGUUCCUAAGAACAUAGCCAGGACGAACUCUGACGGCCCCAUCGCAGGGCUCCUAGAAGGUCAUGGAGACACAGAAGAGAACAGAAAACUGCCGAUCGAGGAAGAAACAAACCCAGAAAUGAAUGGGGCAGUGCCGCUUGUUCACAUCACAUUCCCUGGAGAGGGGACACCCAAGGGACCUGCUAGAGCUAAACCAAACCUCCAAAGGAGAAAGCACCCGGUGCAGAGCAGCGGUAGCCCCAUACUCGCUCAACAAGAACACGGCAAACUCCAGACAAAUACUCACAGGACCAAGGCCAGAAACAGACCACCUCCUAAUCUCAUGAUUUCCAUCCAAACGUCCAUUAAACCCAACGUGCGUAAAAACAGCAUCAAAACUCAAGUUUUCCCUGCUUUGGAAUUUAUGGACCACAGACCUCAUCCGCCAUCCAAGUUUCAAAGGAGGGCACCCGUGACAGAAAAGAAGUCAAUGUGUCAGACCCAGAAACCUAAGAAGCAAGCGUUUCCUCACAUCUGUAAAAAUGCAGCCAUAAAAAAGCCAGGUGUUGCCCUCUCUGUUGAAACAACCGAUCCAAGACUGCACUUCCUGGACUUGAAGUACAGUGACAUGUUCAAAGAGAUCAAUUCAGCCUCCAACGGACCGGGCAUCUAUGAGAUGUUUGGAACCCCUGUUUAUAGUCACAUCCGAGAGGCAGAAAGGCACGAACACAGACAUUACCAUGAGAGAUGUGCAGCUCCAUCAGGACGAUGUGUCGCUAAUAAGUGUCAGCCUUCCCAAAGUGACAGAUGUGCUAACAGCAGAGCAAGGCUUCUUCAGAAGAGACCUCACGUUAAACCCCCCAAGCCUUCACUCGGCCUCAAGCAAAAGCACAGAGGGUUAAUUUCUAAGGAUAAGGGUUGCAAGGGGAUGGGGGGCCAUGCAGAGGAUAGCGUUUCAGAACCAGGUUGGCAGACGAGACCUUCAGCAAAUGACUCUCUGUCUUCCAAAGAUGAGGCUCAACUCACGCACUUGACCCCGAUCCCUGAGCCGUCUCCUGAACGGAGAGAAACCCCUCCUCUCUCAGAUCUAUCCAUUGUUGAGGAAAUCUUCACCGAGGAGUGUGCAGAUGAAGAAGGCAUUCAUCACAAUGACAGUCUCACCCAAAGCCUUGGAGAUCUGAAAGCACUUGAAAGGCUGCACCCCCAGACCCCGCUCGUUCCUUCAGAAGACAGCUGGGCUGUGCUCAGCGAGAAGCGUUCAGGCAAGCAUGUGUCACCAGGAAAACACGAUGUAGGACCUCUUGACAGGAUAAAUGCUGACCAGAUGUUCACGGGUUACCUGGAGUUCGAUAGCCUUUCGGAUAAGUCUAAAACACGGGUGAGCUUUUCCAGGUACUCUUUCCAGGAGAAGCCAGAAAGUGCACCUUCCCCUACAGAACAACCCUGGGCACAGUCCUUGGAACAGGAUAGCUUAGAAGAUGACUCCACCACAUACCAAAGGUUUGGAAAGGUUUCCCAGGGAAUCUUAGACUCAGGAAAGAAUGAAGAAUUGACAGACGAGUUGCUGGGUUGUCUGGUCGAAGAACUGUUAGCAAUCGACGAGAAAGAUAACAACUCUUGUCGAAUAAUGACAAAUGAGGCCGACACCCGGGACCUGAAUCUUGUCUUCGGCAGGAGAGGCAAUACCAUCGAAGGACUGGACAGAGAGACAACAGAUGUCAAACUACAGAGGUGUAUUAAUGGAUUCCGGAUAUACGAUGAGGAAAACUUUCUUACCUCAUAUGAAGAGAGGACACUUUCGGACAAGAGUUUAAAACACGAAGAGGCUAUAUUCUGGACCAAGGGUGAGAUCCUUGGGAGAGGAGCCUAUGGCACAGUAUAUUGUGGGCUCACCAGCCUGGGGCAGCUGAUCGCUGUAAAGCAGGUGGCCUUGGAUUCGUCUGACAAACUGGCUACGGAGAAAGAAUACCGGAAACUGCAGGAGGAAGUGGAUUUGCUGAAGGCGCUGAAGCACGUAAACAUAGUGGCUUAUCUAGGGACGUGCCUGGAGGAGAACACUCUGAGCAUCUUCAUGGAAUUCGUCCCUGGUGGUUCCAUCUCUAGCAUCAUAAACCGCUUUGGGCCACUGCCUGAGACCGUGUUCUGUAAAUACACAAGACAGAUCCUGCAGGGUGUUGCUUAUCUCCAUGAGAACUGUGUGGUGCACCGAGAUAUCAAAGGAAACAACGUCAUGCUCAUGCCAACUGGGAUAAUAAAGCUGAUCGACUUUGGCUGCGCCAAGCGUUUGGCCUGGGCAGGCUUAAAUGGUACCCACAGUGACAUGCUCAAGUCCAUGCGUGGGACUCCGUACUGGAUGGCCCCCGAGGUCAUCAACGAGUCCGGUUACGGAAGGAAAUCAGAUAUAUGGAGCAUCGGCUGCACCGUGUUUGAGAUGGCCACGGGGAAGCCCCCUCUGGCUUCCAUGGAUCGGAUGGCAGCCAUGUUUUACAUUGGAGCCCACAGAGGCCUAAUGCCUCCCCUACCUGACCGGUUCUCAGAACCAGCUGCGGACUUUGUGCGUUUGUGCCUGACCAGGGACCAGCACGAGAGACCUUCUGCUCUCCAGCUCCUGACGCACGCCUUCAUGCUGAGAAGCCAGUGAGCAAACGCGCACCGACUUCCGGCUUUGAACCCUCAACCCUCUGCUUUGCUGUGGGGAAUGAUGGUUAAGGGACUUAUUUUCCUAUUGUAAAUCCGACCUAAAUGGUGAAUCCCAUUUAACCAGAUCCUGCAGCAUUAUUGGAAAGUUUUAGUUAACGCCGACCUUAAGGUUCAGGUACGACUGCCUGUAUGCGUGAGACAAUUUCAUAAUAUUAAAAACCCCAUUCCAGUGUUACAGUUUUGAUUGCUCAAAAACUAUCUCUACGGAUU